AUGCCUCAGAACGAGUACAUCGAGCGCUGGCAGAAGCAGCACGGCAAGCGGCUCGACCACGACGAGCGAACCCGCAAGCGCCAGGCCCGUGAGGGACACAAGCAGUCGCACGAUGCCCAGAACCUGCGCGGCCUGCGGGCCAAGCUGUACCAGCAGAAGCGACAUGCGGAGAAGAUCCAGAUGAAGAAACGCAUCAAGGCGCAGGAGGAGAAGAACGUCAAGUCGGCCGCGCCCGAGGAGCCGUCCAAGACCCCGCUGCCCCAGUACCUGCUCGACCGGUCGCAGGCCACCAACGCCAAGGCCCUGUCGAGCGCCAUCAAGGACAAGCGGUCCGAGAAGGCGGCCAAGUUUGCCGUCCCGCUGCCCAAGGUCAAGGGUAUCAGCGAGGAGGAGAUGUUCAAGGUUGUCAAUACCGGCAAGAAGACGCACAAGAAGUCCUGGAAGCGCAUGAUCACCAAGCCCACUUUUGUCGGCAACGACUUCACUCGUCGCCCGGUAAAGUACGAGCGGUUCAUUCGGCCUAUGGGUCUGCGUUACAAGAAGGCCAAUGUGACACAUCCCGAAUUGGGUGUCACCGUCCAGCUGCCCAUCCUGUCCGUCAAGAAGAACCCUCAGAACCCGCUGUACACCCAGCUGGGUGUCUUGACCAAGGGUACCAUUCUCGAGGUCAAUGUUUCCGAACUAGGUCUCGUUACCACCACCGGCAAGGUCGUCUGGGGAAAGUGGGCUCAGGUCACCAACACGCCCGAGAACGACGGCUGUGUCAACGCUGUUCUGCUCGUUUAG